CCUUAUCAAUACUCGAUCUCUUCUGGUACGAAACACAACAUUUAUUUAUUCUUAAUAUAUUUUUUCGUCUAAAUAUAUAAUUUAUUUUUUAAAAGAAAAAUCAAUGUGGAGUCACUACAACAAUUAUAGGCAUUUGCGGCGUGGGCAUUAGCGGCAAGCUCAGUCUGCCGCUAUUGGAUAGACUAUUAGCGGCGGACAUACGAUUAUUAGCGGCGUAUAGUCCACCGCCAAUUGACGUAAUAAAAAAGCCCGGGAAUUUUUUAAUUACUAUUAGCGGCGGGUAAUUACUAUUAUUAGCGGCGUAUAGUCUUGUUGCCAAGUACGAAAUGAGGAAUGGUAAGGAGGUCUACCAAAAAGGGUGCAGUAGCAGCAGUUCCACAUGCUCAUCAUCAUCAUCAUCCAAUAGCAGUAAUAAUAUUGAUUUUAGUAAUUGCGAUGGCGUUAAAUGUUGUCGUUCUUUUUUCUCUACGGGUACAGGUGACAGCUUCAAAAUCUCUAUGGAUAAUGAUUCUAGUACGACUCGUGAUAACGAAUAUUGCAAAUAUGCGUUCCUGAUAGAUCCUAAUGAAAUUGAUAAAUACAAAACAUCCCAUCAUCUGGAUUAUUAUGUUCCUGUCCUACUAACUUGGUCCCUUAAUGUUACGUAUUUCGACAUAUUUAAAACACAUGUUAUCCCAACCAGAUCCAGAUCUAGCAACUUCAACUGCAGCAGCUAUAAUGGUACUUUAAAUUCCUCUCUAGAUAGGAUAUACAGCUGUCGCUGUAGAUAUGGAUUUCGAGGGAGUGCGUACAUUCAGGACGGGUGUCAAGAUAUUAAUGAAUGCAAUGAUGAGAAAAUCCCGAAUCCAUGUCAUGGAGGCAGUACCUGCGUCAACACUCACUACAAAAAAAAGGUUCAAUACCGAGAACAUUAUACCGACAACAUGUCCUCGGUAUAGACAUUUCAUAUGCGCGGGACAUUUUCGCGGUUCUGAAUAGGUUUAGUUGCUAUACCGAGGACCUAUACCGAGAACAUGUUCUCGGUAUAGGGUUUAUAAAUAUCACACUCAGCCGCGAAGCCCCUUCUCCUUCCUCUCUGGUUUCUCUGGGUUUUCUCCGAAACCUCCGCCUCCCUCCGCCGAUUAUAGUCGUUUUCCUCCAUAAAAGCUCGGUUUUAAGCCCCAAAAUUGCCAAGGGUGAAGGAAUUUCUGUGUAUUUGUUGAAGGUUGGGUAUUCGGUUUUUGUUGGAUUAUAGGGAUUGCUAGCAAGAUAUUGAAGGCAUUGUGCUACAUUCAUACAAUGUCGAUCGACAAGAGUUGGAUUAAUUUGACAGAUCGAUUAUCCGAUGAGUAUGAGGCUGGUGUGAUGGAUUUUCUCCAGAGAGCCCGGCAGUGCGUUGACUCAAGGGGAUUGGUGAAAUGUCCGUGUAGGAGGUGUGUCAACGUUGAAUUUCAGACAAUUGAUGUAUUAGAAAAUCAUCUUUUUGUAAAUGGUUUUCUACGGAAAUAUACCAAUUGGCAUUGGCAUGGAGAGGAUGAAAUAAUACCAAUGAGAGCUCGGAUAGAUCAAAAUGAUGAAGAUGAGAUGAUGGAUGUUCCCACUAGUUGAAGAACAAGCGGAGGAUGUAGAAGUAGAUGUUAUGCACGACACUAGUUCCUCUAAUUUCCAAUUAUUCGUUGAUCUUGGACCGUUGCCACAAAUCAGCUUUGAACGUACGGGGGCUCCAUUACAAUUUGUUGAGAUAGAUAAUGUUGCAAUUGAGGAGGAGAGGGAGGAGGAAAUGGAAGAAGAAGAGGAGGAGGAGGAAGAGGAAGUGGAGGAGGAGGAGGAGGAGGUUGAAUAUGAAGAUGAUGAAGAGGAAGAUGAACACAUAGAAACCGAUGAUGAUAGUGAAGAUUAUUAUAGUGAUAAUUAAGUGAUAUGGCUGAUGUUAUUGCUCAAUCUCACGGGGGUGAUGGUGGAGGAUGCGAUCCUCCACGUGGACCGGCAGAUAUCCCAGCUGAUUGUGAACGAGCGCCUCCAAGUAAACGUGGACGCCAUAAGGGAUUGAACACGCGGGAAAAGAGGGAACAGUUGGGGCGUCCUCUCCCUCUCGAGUGGGAUGUGCGGGGGAGAACAUAUAAAGAGAUCGGAGAGUACAGCUCAAAUUUCUCAAGAGAGCUCGGAUUACUUGUUCGACAGUACACAGAUCCGGACUGUCCUCAAUGGUCAAAAGUACCAAAUGCCUCGAAAGAAAGAAUACUUGCACAUUUGGAAGAUGAUUUGUUUGAUAUUGGGCGUACUAGAUAUGGAGAAGGGCAUAUGCCUGGGAUCUUGAGAGGCAUUGAUACUUCGUGUGCUAAAAAGUAUUCUGACUGGAAGUACGAUAUUAAAGAGCACUUAACGAUUAAUGGGCCACAAAAUCGUUAUGGUGGUUGCACGGAUACGCAGUGGCAAAAAGCAAUUGAUUUUUUCCGUCGCCCAGAAAUUACGAAACGUUCUGUGGUCAACAAGGAAAAUAGAAAGAAAUUGAAAGAGCUUAGCUAUGGAGGUUCUCAGUCAAUCCCAGCCUUACGCUAUAAAAAGCGCAAUUUAGAGACUGGGCAACUUGAGUCCAUCCCGGAUAGCUGGAUGGAUACUCACCAUAAAUCAGGCACAGGGUGGGUGACAGAGACAGCAAAAAAUACUUGGGAGGAAUUGCGUGCAUACCGCGACACACAGCAGACACAGGCAACUGAUACUGAGAGUUCCACACCAGUUUCGAGUGCGCCUGAAGAUGAAGACAUAUCUUUGGUACAAAAUGUCUUCGGAAAACGACGGGGCCACCAGAAAGGAUAUGGACGUAUCCUUAACAUAAGGGACCGAACUCCAUUUGAUUUUCGUCCUUCACAAACUAGAGAUGAAGAGUUGUCUGAGAUGAGAGAGCGUCUUCGACAGUUAGAGGAGCAUGUCCGGACUCAUUGUAUCACCCCGGGAUCUCAAUCUGCCCCACCACCACCACCCGAUGAUCCUGAUGUUGGAGCACCGACUCAGUAGGACUUAUGUAUGAAUUUUAUUACAAUUGACUAUUACAUUAUCAUGUUUAAGACAAGUCUUUAUUUUAAUUCAACGAAUACACUCUUAUGUUUUUUUUUAUAUCUUUAAUAUAAGUGUUUUAAUUUUA